ACACACACACACACACACAAAAUAUGCAACACUGUUGGUUUCUGAAAACCCAGUCACACAAAUAAAGUUAAUUUUCAUAAUCUCAACUUCCACAUAAGCUGACACACACACAUGCACACACACAAGCAUAUCCGCACAUGCAUUCAAACAGAAACAAAGACACACACAAACACAGACGUACUUUCCCAUGCUCGCCCCCACACUUGUAACACAUCCUUUUAUGCCUUAUUUUCACACGCAAGAGCACUCGGCAGGCAGUUUGUCUUGGAACCAGAAGGUAGAUGGCAUCCAUGGCGACCCAAAGCCCACUAUCCACCGCCAUGAGCAUGAUGACGACCACAAGCUCUUUACUCACAACCUCAAAGGUGCCGGAUGGUGAUAAAAAACCUGACGAGUACCACACAGUCCUCCUGGUCCUUUACUCUGUGGUCCUGCUCAUCGGGACCAUCAGCCUUAGCUUGAUGAUGCACAUCAUGAAGUUCAGCACGACAUCCAUCACCUCCAUUGCUGUACUCAACCUCAUCUUCACCCACUUCAUCUUCCUUCUCACUGUGCCCUUCAGGAUUUACUACUACGCCACUAAUCACUGGAGCCUGGGCCACGGGUGGUGCAAAGUGGUCAGCGGCAUGAUUCACAUCCACAUGUAUAUGUCUUUCAUCUUCUAUGUGAUCAUCCUCAUCACGCGCCUGAUGGCGUUCUACUACAAAGCUGAGCAGGUGGCCUCCUUCCAGAGGAUUCAUGCACUCGUUGCCAGUGCUGUGGUGUGGAUGGGGGUGCUUGUCGUGGUCCCUUGCAUAAUCUACUUUUCCUAUGGAAUAAACACAGAAGGUGCGAGCCCGGGCAACAGUACCACACCUGUGACAUACUGCUUCAAGUUUGGAGACAACAUAGCGUCCGCUGCCAAGGUGCUGAACUACAUCGUAAGCACAUUCAUCAUAGUGGUGGCCACAGUGCUGACAUCCCUCCAAGCCAAUGCCCUACGGGUUUUAUACAGGAAGCAUCGCCAGGGAUGCACCUCUCAGCAGGACUUUGGGGCUCAGCUGAAGAGUCUGUGCUUUGCUCUCAUUAUGGUUGUCAGUUUCAUUCCCUACCACAUGUUCCGGUUGUAUUACGUAGAACAACUCCAUCUGCAGAAUGUCAAUGAGGUGUUUCUGAGUCUGACCACUUUUAACUGUUUGGACAUGCUCACCUUCUUGGGGCGGAGAACCUGCUCCAUGUGCUUACCGGGAAAGGGUAUUUGACAACCGUUGGUCGGAUGUGUGUUAGGGGGGGUCAUGAUGUUUCAACUGCAUUAUUUUCUUACUUUGUUUGACUCUACUGUCAUUUAUUGCCACACCAAUUAUUACGUGUAUUGUAUUGCUUAGGUGCAGCUCAAUAAAAGCAGAGUUUACCACUUACUCAAAAGCACAUACAAGCAAUCAUGAAAACAGAUGAACUGGAAUUAAGUACACAAAUAUUGUGAUGAAAAAUACACACAAAUAAAAUUCACUAAAUGGCCACUCACUAGCUGUUCACCACCACUUAUUUAGUUUUGAUGAUCUUCAAAACCAGACAAACUACCCAGCUCCCCUCUAACCUCUGUCAGAUGUGCCAUGCUUUGCUUUUUUAAUAGUACGACUGGUGUGUCAACAGCAGCUUUUUGUGACUUAUUAAAAUGUUGUAUUUAUUAUUUGCAAUUAUUUGAUAGUUGAAAGUGCAAUGAGAGAAACAAAACUACGGUUGUGGUUAACUAGUAGGCUACCAUAUUGCUUUAGACUCAAAAUGAAUGAUCUCUUGCCCUCUGCUGGUCAUUGUAUAUACUACAAAGGCUUCAAGCUUGAAGCUUGUCUUGCUAGAUUGUAACAAUGGUCUUUAAGUUCCCUCGUUUAUUUAUCAAAAUUGUGACUUCAUGUGAAAGGCAUGUGAGUGGAAAGAAAAAAUAAACAUAUUACGCCUUA